AUGCGUCUCUCUAUUCCUAUCUUCCUUCUUCUGUGGGUUAAAGCCCUGACAUUGAAAAACCUCAGUUAUUCUGUCCCAGAGGAGCAAGGACCCGGCACUGUCAUUGGUAACAUCGCAAAAGACGGCGGAUAUGGGACCCUGGAGAGAGGAAAAAAAUCCAACUUUAGAGUGCUGGAGAAUUCUGCACCGCACCUGGUUGACGUGGACCCGGAGAGUGGACUUAUUUUCACCAAACAAAGGAUUGACAGAGAGACGUUAUGCAGGCGCAACCCAAAGUGCCAGCUCUCCAUGGAGGUGUUCGCCAACGACAAGGAAAUAUGCAUGAUUAAGAUCGACAUACAGGACAUCAAUGACAACUCGCCUAGUUUCCCAUCAGAUCACGUUAAUAUCGAUAUCUCAGAAAACGCGGCGGCAGGCACGCGCUUCCCUCUGACUAUCGCACAUGACUCGGAUACAGGGGAGAACGGGAUCAAGACUUAUCAGGUCACCAGAGAUGAUUAUAAUACAUUCUCACUGGAUUUAAAAGUAAGAGGCGACGGGACUAUUUAUCCCGAGCUGGUGGUUCAGAGACCUUUGGAUAGGGAAGACCAGAGCCAUCACACCCUCCUCCUCACCGCCAUAGAUGGGGGGGAGUAUCCCAGAUCAGGCUCCAUGCAAAUCAAUGUCAGGGUGACUGAUUCAAAUGACAAUAGCCCCAUUUUUGAAAAAUCCUCCUAUGUGCUGGAACUCCCGGAGAAUUCCCCGCCUGGAAAAGUACUUAUAGAUUUGAAUGCCACCGACCAUGACGAGGGAAGCAACGGUCAGGUGGUUUAUUCCUUCACUGGAUACGCAUCUGAGCGAAUACAAGAUUUGUUUGCCAUUGAUCCCAAUAGCGGAGUCAUCAAGGUCCAGGGGGAAAUUGACUACGAAGAGAAUCCAAUCAUAGAGUUUGAUGUGCAGGCCAAGGAUCUUGGUCCAAACCCUAUACCGGGCCACGCGAAGAUUACUGUCAAAGUGCUUGACAAAAAUGACAACUCGCCAAUAAUCAGUUUUGUUUCUGUGAGGCAGGGUGCCAUCAGUGAGGCGGCACCCUCAGAAUCUGUCAUAGCGCUUGUCAGAGUGACAGAUAAAGAUUCAGGCCGAAACGGUCAGCUCCAGUGCCGCGUGCUAGGAAAUGUUCCUUUCCGACUUCAAGAAAACAAUGACAAUUUUUACACGCUGCUGACCGACAGACCUUUGGAUCGGGAAGCCAAGGACGAAUACAAUGUCACAAUCGUGGCAAGAGACAAUGGGAUCCCAUCUUUGAAUUAUACCAAGUCGUUCACUGUGAAAAUUCUGGACGAGAACGACAAUGCGCCUCGCUUUACAAAAGUCAUUUAUGUCCUACAGGUGCCCGAGAACAACAUCCCUGGCGAGUAUCUGGGCUCAGUACUUGCCCACGACCCAGACGUAGGCCGCAACGGCACCGUAACCUACUCCAUUUUGCCGUCACAUAUUGGCGAAGUGUCCGUUUAUACGUAUGUGUCUGUCAACCCCACCAAUGGAGCCAUAUAUGCAUCACGCUCUUUCAACUAUGAGCAAAUGAAAUCCUUUGAGUUCAAAGUUCAAGCUAAAGAUGGUGGCUCCCCUCAUAUGGAGAGUACCUCCACAGUGAGGGUCAACAUCCUUGAUGUCAAUGACAAUCUCCCAGUGAUCAUUUUACCACUACUUCAAAAUGACACAGCAGAAAUCCCUGUUCCUCGGAACGUAGGUAUUGGGUACAUUGUGGCGACGGUGAAAGCCGUGGAUCACGAUCACGGAGAGAGUGGACACUUGACGUACGAGAUCACAGAUGGGAACGAUGACCACCUGUUUGACAUGGAUCCGAUAGGUGGCAAAAUCCGAACUGCUCACGCCAUGUGGGAAGAGGUCUCGUCCAUUGUGGAGCUGGUGGUUAAGGUUACCGACCAUGGCAAGCCACCCUUAUUCGCCGUGGCUAAGCUGGUAAUCAAGGCCAACACGGAAGCGGCAGCAGGUGGCGGGGGCUCUGGCAUGAGCGGCGAGCAGCAGCACUGGGAUGUAUCCCUGCCCCUAAUCGUUACCCUCUGCAUUAUCUCCGUCAUGCUCCUAGCCGUCAUGACCGCCAUCGCUGUCAAGUCCAAGCAUCAAGAUAAAGAGAGCGGGAAUUAUAACUGCCGCAUGCCUGAAUACUCCAAUCCUCCAGUGGGGAAGGGCAAGAAGAAGCGAAUCAACAAAAGUGACAUCAUGCUGGUGCAGAGCGAGAUGGAGGAGAGAGAUUCGGCAAGCCGGAUGAAUGUGGUCAGCAGCCCCUCGCUCAUUACUUCACCGAUUUGCUUCGACUACCAGAGCCCCCUUCCUCUCACUCUGCCAAGGUCCGAGGUCAUGUACCUGAAGACCACACCAAACAGCCUGACAGUACCCAGGGCAGGUUGCCACUCCAGCUUCGCAGGGCUCAGCACAGACACCCCAGCAAACAGGAUGUCAGUGAUACAGACAGAAAACUUCCCCUCUGAGCCCAAUUAUGCUGGCAGCAGGCAGCCGUUUGUUCAAAGCUCUACAUUUAAGGAUGCAGAACGAGCGAGCCUCCGAGACAGUGGCCAUGGUGAUAGUGACCAGGCUGAUAGUGACCAGGAUACUAAUCGAGGCUCCCAGUGUGACACAUCUGCCAGGGAGGCCCUCAAGAUGAAAGCCACAUCAGUUAACGGCCAGCCUUUCGAGCAGGAACAAGACAAAUCAGUCCACUGCACCGAUGAGUGUCGUGCGCUGGGACACUCUGACAGAUGCUGGAUGCCAAAGUUACGGAUCGGAAGCCAAGCAGACAGCGCCGAUAAUCGCACCAACCUUUUCAUCCCUGUGGGAAUGGAUGCCAUGGUAGAGACAGAGAUUUAUGGCACCAUCAGCCGUGGCGCUCGCAAAACCCUCAGCACCUUCGGGAAGGAGCAACGGGACAGCACCAUCCUCGUGGCCAACGUCAAACCCUACUUGAAAUCGCAGCGUGCGCCGUGCCCGCCCCUGCAGGAGAGUCCGCCUGCCCCCGGGAGCCCCACUAAGAGUGGGCAGGCCCCAGACCCGGCCGAGCGAGAGGUGAAAGAGGAGCGGGAGGGGGGCUCAGACAGCAGUGCCUAUGGCCCGCCGGACGGCCAGUGCUCCCCGCUGCAUACGGCGCUGGAAGAGCCCUCCUACCUGACCCGCGAGCUCCGCCCCAAGGCGCUGGCCAGCAGCCUCAUCCACAGCACCGUCAUCAGCCAGGAGUGUGGUGGCGUGGCCGAGUACGAGUCGCGGGACUCGGGGAAGUGA